AUGUGUGUAUAUGUGAUAACAGGGGAAGCACCAACUGGAAUCAGCGAUCGAUUGGAUGCAAAGAUCGGAAGCCUCAGGGAAGGGAAGGAUCGUGACUUAAGAAGGUAUGGGGGAAAACGAUUUUUGGCAGAAUCGAUCCAUAAAGCUGUGAAUCGUGUGUUGUAUUGGAGAUUAGGAGGAAGGAUUAGGCAACUAACACUUACAAUUUUGUGUGUUUUUUACUCUACAUCUUUUCAUCUUCUCGAGUUCCUGGUUGUUACACGAAGUCUAAUCUCGCCAGCUCUUGCAGAGUCUUUGACAAUAGCAUUCCCAGCUUCUCGAAAUGAGUUGAUUGAAAUAAAUGGGGAAAGGGUUAAAGGGAUUAGUGGUGAAUCUGUUGCACAAAAGCUUAGAGGUCAUUUGGGGACAAGUGUUACAGUUAAAGUGCACAAUAGUGAUCUACCGGGCAAAAAGUUGGCCAUUGACUCUAGUUUUAGAGAGGUCAAACUACCCUACAAAUUCAUUAGACUUUCUCCUAUAUCAAGUGUCAUUAUCCCUCGUAGAACACCAAAUGUUCAUGUAUCCAAAACCGGAUAUGUAAAUUUAUUAGCCUUCUCCCAGACUGCUUCUACAGAUAUGAAACAUGUUAUUCCUGAAUUGGAAAAUCAAGGUGUCAAAUCUCACAUUUUGGACCUUCGAAACAAUCCCAGGUGGUUUGGUGAAGAUUGGACUUGA